CGCAGUUGCAGAACGAAGGAUGUCAGAGAGGAUAAGUACAUUCGUAGGCCUAAAUUAAUUGUAAAGAUUGGCCUGUAGGUUUAGAUGAUUAAAUUGUAUUGAUCAUAUGGAUGUUUCGUUUUUAAUAAUAUAUAUAUACAAAAAAUAUUGUAUUCCUCUUCCUGUUGUGUAGAAUACGCUUGAAUACGCUUGCACUUUUGUAAAUUAACGUUUAAACGUUUAAUCAAAAAUGUAUUAUGAAUCAAAAGUAGGCCACGCCCCUAUUCACACAACUGACAUGGCUAAUAUUAUUUAUAAUUCUGAGACGUUUACAAUAUCCCACAACAAAAGUUACACCUAUUCUAAAACAUGGCCACUCUGGGCUCCGAGUGUGACCAUAUGCUGCAGGUUUGCCAAAGUGUGACUUGACUGACACCUCACCACGGUGGCGCAUGGACAUGUUGGGUAGUGUCAAUGCGCAAUUUGACACGAGCACCAUGGCCGGAUAUAUAGAAGGCGUCUGACUCGACUUUGUGAUCACUCUCAAUCGCAAACUCUCAGAGGAUUUUCUCGGGACACUCUAUCAUCAGAAACCAUGGAGAAUAUCAUCUCUCAUUGUGGAUUAACUGGCGCAAUCACCGGAGGAAACUCUGUUCAACAGCCCGCUAAUUUGUGGAGACCUUGGGAUGCCAAAGCAGGCAGGGAAUGCAGAGCCGCGACACACAUGCCUUACACAAAUACCAUUAGAGGAUUUCCAGACAUCAAACGCUGCAAGAGUCCUCAGAUCACUCACCCAGUAAAGUUGUUCUGGCCCAAAUCGAGAUGCUUCGAUUAUCUGUACCAGGAUGCAGAGAUGCUUCUGCGCAACUACCCAGUCCAAGCAACUAUCUGCCUCUACGAAGACUCGAGCAGUGAUGAUGAUGAGGAAGAUAGUGAUGAUGACGAUGAAGAAGACAGCGUGAAGGAGCUGAAUUUUUAAAAAGCCCUUUCUCUCCAAUUGAAAAAACACUGAAUGUAUAUUUUAAUAUGAAAUUAUAAUAUAUUGGUGCAUAAUUUAUUUAUUGUAAAUAUCUGUAAAUAUGUCAUAUGACUAACGAAUGACUGACACAUUUGUUAGGGUAAACAGCAUUUUAUCAUUUAUAUUUCAGAAUGGUCUACCUUUAAUUUUAUAUCAACGUUGUAAUAAAACAGUUAUA